GUUUUAAGGACUACCGCAAGGCAAUGUGGGGACCUGCAUGAAAGUAAUUAAACUUAUGAUUAAUAGAUGUAUUCUCCCUUACAACGUAAUUAAAAAACUGGGCGUCCAAUUUGCUUCCUUUCCAGCUACUGAAAAAGAAGAUUAUCGUCGGGAACCUAUUAUACAAAGCGAUGAAGAAGAGUGGGAGCGCUACGAAAGUUUACACGGAGAUGAAUAUGAAGAAAAGCAGAACAGGGAACUUUCCUACGAGGAAUUUGUUGAAAAAACUUGGGACAAAGGCGAUGCUUCUGGUUUAGUUUUUUAUACUGAUCAGUUUUACUGGAACCAAACCAAGGAAGAGCCUUCCGACGUUCAAGAUUGGGACGCUGAUUCCCUGGAAAACUACAAGCAUCCACUUGCAAGUGAAGAAAAAAAUUUUAAGGAAUUUAGAAAAUGCAUAAAAGAUAAUGAAAGGAAGCAACCAAUCUUUGAAUGUUAUAACAAAGCUUUUGGCACAAAAAUUCUCGUUAAGGAAGGCUGGGUCCCGGGUUCAGCAUUAAAAACUUCAGGAAUCGUUGAACCCAUUCAGCCAAGUGACCGUUACACACGUGGUAAGCGCGGGCUUGGAUUUACCUCUGAUUCGCCCGUUUACAAAGACUUAUCGUACUCGCAUGUAGUCAUCAAGAAGCAGAAUAACUCAGAAAAUAAUGAUAAUAAUAGUAAUAGUUUUUCUUUUAUGAAGUUUCGUAAAGUGCAUUUUGAAUCACGAGGACCCAAUUGA